UCCAUACGAUCCUUACAUACGAAGGCCGGUGUCGGUUUAGUACCAGAGCGGACGAUUGGAUCUCUUCCAGCUUUGCAGCUGCGAAUAAACCCUAGUUAUACCCAAGUUCUUGUGGUGGUGACGAAGGCUAUUUGGCAGCUAGAAUAAGUGUGGCUUGGACUACUCUAGACCGUUUGAUUCUGUUCUCUAGGGCUUCGUCAACCCUAUUUGCUACAGCCUAUACUGGAAACUGGUGUUCAUUUCCAUUUUAUUUUUGGUUUGAUUUUGGUUAGCUGAUCGGUGGGGGGUUGGUUAUGAAGGAUUCCGAUGCUCCGCCUCGUAGCGAAUCACGGGAGGUUAUUGGCGUUUGGAGGUGAUAGGAAGGCUGGCUAUUUCUUACAUUCCAAUCAGAAACCCAUCCACCCAGGACUAAGAAAUCAUGUUUCAGCUGCUAAAUUUAGUGUCUUUAAUUCAUUAAGUAGACUGAUUUCACAUUGUAGAAACAGCGGAAGAAAAAAUGUUUCUUACGGGAGAUCUAGUGGAAAGGAGAACUUCUGGAUCGGCACUGGCAUCAGAACUUGCUACACUGUCUCAUUGGGUAGGCCUUCUAUGGCAAACCACGCUCAACUAACUUGGAAGAGGCUAACUCUGAUUUACCCUUCUGGAGGUUCAGUGUUCUCACCAGUUGGUAGGAUUGCAUGUACCUUGAGCUUGGCCUUGACGAGAUUCCAUGUUAUUUCCGGGCUUCUUGCUUUUGGUGUUGGGGAGUUAGAAUGGGUUCAGAAGACUCGAGCGGAUGGGAAUUUCUUUUCUGCGGGGAAUGGUCUUUAUACAGGCACACAGGAUGGACGUUUGUAUCUAUCUUCGAUUUUCUAUUCAUUAAUAGAAGGUGUUAUUCUAAUCUUCCGAGCAGUGUACUUGGCAGUUCUGUUUUUGCCAUCCAUUUUGAUGGCUCCAUUCGCAGAUACCUUUGGUGUUGAAUUCAGAAAGAAAUGGAUUUAUCUUGUCCAUAUCACUCUUGAACAAGCAGGGCCAGCUUUCAUAAAAUGGGGACAGUGGGCAGCCACGCGACCAGAUCUCUUUCCUAAUGACCUCUGCACGGCACUUUCAGAACUGCACAGCAAAGCUCCUGCUCAUAGCUUCACCUACAGUAAGAUUACUAUUGAAAAAGCAUUUGGUCGGAAGCUUUAUGAGAUCUUUGAGCAGUUUGAGGAAGUACCUGUGGCAUCUGGUAGCAUAGCACAAGUGCAUCAAGCUUCUCUGAUGUUUCAGUAUCCAGGUCAGAGGCUGAGUAAACCUAUUUCAGUUGCAGUGAAGGUUAGGCAUCCUGGGGUGGGUGAGUCUAUAAAGAGGGAUUUCACAAUUAUUAAUUUUUUCGCAAAACUUUCAAGCUACAUCCCUGCUCUUAACUGGUUACGACUGGAUGAAAGUGUUCGUCAGUUUGCAGUGUUCAUGAUGUCCCAAGUAGAUCUUUCAAGGGAAGCUGCUUAUUUGAGUAGGUUUAUAUACAAUUUUCGCAGGUGGAAGGAUGUGUCUUUCCCAAAACCCCUUUACCCUCUUGUGCAUCCUGCGGUUCUUGUGGAGACAUUUGAGCCUGGAGACUCUGUGGCUCGCUAUAUCGAUGACCUUGAUGGCAACACACGCCUUAAAAGAGAUCUUGCACAUAUUGGUACACAUGCACUCCUCAAGAUGCUUUUGGUGGAUAAUUUCAUCCAUGCAGACAUGCAUCCUGGAAAUAUCCUUGUUAGAGUGCCCCAAAGAAAACGGUCAAGAAAAAGAAUCUUUAGAACGAAACCUCAUAUCAUCUUUCUUGAUGUUGGCAUGACUGCCGAGCUCUCUAAAAGCGAUCGUCGUAACUUGUUGGAAUUCUUUAAGGCUGUUGCACUCCGAGAUGGCCGCACGGCUGCUGAAUGCACGUUGAGAUUGUCAAGAAGGCAAAGUUGUCCUGACCCAAAGGCCUUUAUUGAGGAGUUGGAGAGAGCAUUUACCUACUGGGGAACACCUGAGGGUGACAUUUUACAUCCUGUUGAAUGCAUGCACCAUUUACUUGAACAAGUUCGUCGCUAUAGAGUGAACGUUGAUGGUAGUGUUUGCACUGUGUUGGUGACCAUAUUGGUCCUCGAGGGUUGGCAACGCAAGCUUGAUCCAGAUUACGACAUAAUGCACACGCUCAAGACAUUGCUGGUGAACACAGACGGGGUGCAGCAGCCUAUCGAUUACUUCUUCUCAUAAAAGAACUUUUGACACAAUCUGUAAUUCUGUAUUUUUUUAUAUGAAUAGAUUCAAAUUUAAUAAUAAUAUAAAACAUAUUAAUGCGAUUCUUUUUA